CACGGAAAUCUAACCGUAAAUGUAGUUCUUUAGGUGUAUUUUUCAUCAUUCUUUCCUUAAACAGUUUUUUAAGCAUAUCGGAUAAUUGUUAAAUUCUAUUUUUCUAACUUAAAAAUGUAAAAAAUAAAUAAAAAUUACAUAAUAUGUAUAUGUACACAGUCAGUCCACAUGUAGCAGCAUUGCCCCCUGGUGGAAGACCAUGGACUCGACGGCGACGCAACGUUCUCAGUGUGUCAGUAGGAGGUCGCAGCGGGUCGAGAAGCACUGAGACUGAGCGGACCUGAAGAGCUUCAGGAAGUACAGGCGAUGAUCGGACCUUCAGCUCUGAAUGUAUUAAAGUCACAGCCUCGUGAAGAUCAUUCGUAAAAGCCCCAAAUUUCGUCAUGCUGGAAUCGAAGGUCACGAGGUGGGCGUGCCUGUGGCUCCUGGCCUGGUGGGCGGGCCCCGCCCUGGGCUACAGUAACGGGCGGGUCCAGGAGGUGUGCGGGAGCAUGGAGCCGCUUCACGGCCACAGCCCUAGCCCCGCCCCCGCCCCGUACCGCCUCACCGUGGACGGGUCCACGGUCCAGCCCGGAGCCCGUGUCACCGUGACGCUGCUGGCCAGCGACAGCUCCUCCCCGUUCAAAGGCUUCCUCCUGGAGGCCCGUGAUGCCGCGGCCCCCAACUCCACCGUGGCCUUGGGGUCCUUCAGCCUGCUGCAGCCCGGCGUCUCCCAGCUGCUGGGCUGCGGGGGCCGACAGGCGUCUGGUGUGAGUCACACCAGUGAUUCAAAAAAACAUCAAGUGCAGGCGGAGUGGACCUGCCCCAAGGCCUCGCCCCCCACCGUCCAGUUCUUCGCUACGGUGGUCCAGAAGAAAAAGCUGUACUGGGUCCAGGUACCGGGCCCGGUGGUGGCCGUUACCGGGGCCGCUUCAACCACAGCUGGGGUCCUCACCCCCCCCACCACGGCCGCCGGCCUUCCCGCUCCGUUCAGCUCAGAGGGCUGUGGACACAACAAGUCCUGCCUCAGGGAGCCAGCGGGCUGCCGUCCAGAGAACGACCGGGACUGCUUCUUCCUGUCCUUCCGCCCGGACGCCAUCGGGGGCAGCGCGCUGUUCGAGCUCAGCGGCCCGGCGGAGGGAUACGUGGCGCUGGGCCUCUCGCUGGACACCUGGAUGGGCAACGAUGACGUCUACUUGUGCAUUCAAGACCAAGGCCGGGUCCACAUCCAGGCCGCCUUCGUCUCCGGACGGACCCGCCCUGAGCCGGCUCCUGAGGGGACCCUGCGGGACCAGGUCGGGGCCGUGACCGACGGCGUCAUCCAGUGCCGUUUCCGUAGAGACGUCCGCAUCCCUCAGACGGACCAGAGGUUUGACCUGGACCAGAGCUACUUCCUGUUCCUGGCCCACGGCAGAUAUGAAAACGGCUCCACUAGGAGGCACCACACACAGCCUCUGAUCUCCAGUGUCAGGGCGCUGGUCGUCGGGCCCCCUGUCGACCUCUCUGGCUCCCGCUCUCCGCUGAUCAUCAAGCUCCACGGGGUCAUGAUGCUGGCAGCGUGGAUGUGGGUCGUCAGCACGGGCGUCCUCUUCGCCCGACACUUCAGACACGUGUGGCCAGACGUUCUGUUGAGAGGAGACAAGGUGUGGUUCCAGGUACACCGAGGCCUGAUGCUGCUGGCAGUCAGCCUCAUCAGUGUGGCCUUCACCCUUCCGUUCCUGUACCGAGGAGGCUGGAGCAAACAUGCAGGCUACCAUCCAUACAUGGGCUGUGCUGUCCUGGGCCUCUGCAUCGUCCAGCCAAUCAUAGCCCUGUUCAGACCUGCUCCCCUGUCCCCCAGGAGGCGUCUCUUCAACCUGGUUCAUCGCUCAGCAGGCCGCUGGCUGCAGGUGCAGGCUGUGGUGUGUGUGUACCUGGGCUUCCGGCAGCAGGCCCUGCUGCUGCGGGGCCCCCAGGCCACAGGGGCCCUGGUGGGCUGGGGGCUCUGGAUCACGCUGGCUGAACUGGGGCUGCACUUCCACUCCAUCUCCCCGGCCAGGGCAAACAAAGUCGUUCAGCACAUGGCCACAUGGUUUUCAUCUGCUGGGAACACUGGGAACACUGGGGACAAUGACGACCUCCCCCUCGUCAAACUGGAGGACCCAAGCCCACCACCGGCGUACGUGUUUGAAAAGACGCUGAUGCUUGUGCACCAGCUGGGAAACAUCUUGUUCUUCUGGGUCCUGGUGAACGCUGUAGCGAAGGUUUAGCUCUGGUUCCUCUGGUCCUGGUGAACGCUGUAGCAAAGGUCUAGCUCUGGUUCCUCUGGUCCUGGUGAACGCUGUAGCGAAGGUUUAGCUCUGGUUCCUCUGGUCCUGGUGAACGCUGUAGCAAAGGUUUAGCUCUGGUUCCUCUGGUCCUGGUGAACGCUGUAGUGAAGGUUUAGCUCUGGUUCCUCUGGUCCUGGUGAACGCUGUAGUGAAGGUUUAGCUCUGGUUCCUCUGGUCCUGGUGAACGCUGUAGUGAAGGUUUAGCUCUGGUUCCUCUGGUCCUGGUGAACGCUGUAGCAAAGGUUUAGCUCUGGUUUCUCUGGUCCUGGUGAACGCUGUAGCGAAGGUCUAGCUCUGGUUCCUCUGGUCCUGGUGAACGCUGUAGUGAAGGUUUAGCUCUGCUCAGCCUCACACAGAACAGGCUUUAUUAAUGGAAAGGAAUUUUAACUAUGGAUUUAUUGAAAUGUGAAAUGUGUUUUAGUGGACACCGAUUGUGUAGGUGUGUCAUAAGUACACAAUUAUUGUAAGUAUUGCAAUUAUACUAAUGCUCAUAAAUCUGUACAUAUUUGAGAUACACAUUGUGAAACAUUUGUAAUAUGGGUGUAUGGGUUUUAAACAAUUUUAUAACAAAAUUCAUUCCAUGCUCAUCUAAUUCCUUCUCCUGAACACAAACAAAACCUUUAUAAUUAAUAAACACAAAAGGCAGAACUUGACCUGUUUCUCAUCAUUCUUUUAUUGUUGCAUGAAUCUCUUUGAAUACUCAACACAUACAUAUACAGAGAUAAAGCCCCCGUAUACUUUAAUAACGAGGUUGAUAAUAACAGAAACAGAAGCCUCUUUUGAGCUCACCUUAUCCGUCACUUUGAGUACAGAAUGGUUGUUUGUAGUGAGCCUUAAGGAAUUAGCAUACAGACAGGAUGUAAACAACGCCGUUAACGUUAACAAAUGCUGUCUUUUCGUUAGCUAGAGAAGAUAAUGUGGAUGAUCCCUAAAACACUGUCACUGUUCUAGACAUGUUUAUCGUUUGCUGAUUAUUAUUCUUUAAAUAGUUUUUUUUAUGAUAGUGACAUGAAAGUAAAUAGCCUUUAGAGGAAACUCUUAAAUCUCUUUAAAUCUUUAAAGACUUCAAAUAUAUAUACUUCAUCCAUUCACAAUACUCUUGAGAGUUUUGAUUAUAACAAUAUAAAUGCAGUGCUUAAUUGAUUUCCAUUAAAUUGAUUUUGUCAGGUUAAAUUCCCUCUUUCAAACCUUCUUCAAAAGUAUGACCCUUUAGAAUUGAUGAUUGAUCAUUGACCCCUUGAUCAGCCUACUAAAGUGUUCUCGUAAGAUAGCAGAGGUAAAGGCUUUGUGCUUUCAGGGUGCAUGGAGUUCAAAAAUCGUUGUACAUCUCAAAAAUACAUUUUGGAUUGU